AUGGGGGCUACAACCAGAGAACAGUUCUUCCGGGGUCCUUCCGAAGGGACGGAGUACCCUAAACUCGCAUAUUAUAGCUUCACCAUCGAUGAGGAUGUGGUUACAUUCACCGAUGAGGAUGCGGCAAGCAUCAUUUUACCGCACAAUGACGCUCUGGUCAUCACUGUACUUAUCGGUAGCUGCCAAGUCAAACGUGUCAUAAUAGAACCAGGGAGUUCUGUCAAUAUCCUCCUCUGGAAGGUGGUGGAAGAAAUGGGACUUCUUGAGCAGGCUGCAAGGACGCUAUCAGUUUUCAAUAUGUCCAGCGAAAUCACCAAGGGUGAGAUUGACUUGCUUGUGGAAGCCGAUGUAGUCGUCAAAAUGACAAAGUUCUAUGUGAUUAGCGGCGACAUGCAGUAUAACGCUAUUUUCGGGAGACCUUGGAUCCAUGAUAUGAAAGCUGUCCCCUCAAGACUUCAUUUGCUGCUCAAAUUUCCUACUCCAGAUGGGAUCAGGAAGAUUCAAGGAGAGCAACCGGCUUUGAGAGAAAUGUUUGUAAUCGAGGAACCCGUAGCAGUAGAAAGCUCAAUUGGACCUGUCCCAUAG